AUGAAUGACGUAGUAAUCCAUAGAUAUUACAAGAGUCUCACUGCAAUUGAGUUCGGCCAAAAAAGCGACACCCCUCAGAACUUCCUAAUCUUCAUUGGUGGGUUGGGAGACGGUUUUCUCACAGUUCCAUAUGUUCCUGAUUUAGCACAAGGUAUCGAAGGGAAAUUUGGCCGCAAUUGGACAGUUGUUCAAGCCCUAAUCUCAUCAUCUUAUCAGGGCUAUGGUACUGGCAGCUUGAAGAGAGAUGUCAGAGAAUUGAGUCAGCUUGUCAAGUAUUUGAGGACAAAGCGGGGAACUAAGGAUUCUAAAGUGGUGCUCAUGGGACAUUCAACAGGAUGUCAGGAUACAAUUGAGUAUUUGAGCAAAUUGUCAAAUGAAGAAGGCUUCGAUAGCAUUUUCGAACUCAAUGGAGGAAUUCUUCAAGCACCUGUUAGUGACUCAGAGGCCGUUCUUGAUAACGAUAAAAUUGCUGGCUAUUUAGAGCUUGCAAAGACUCUUAUUGAUGAGGGGAAGCCAGAUGAAUUGCUACCUUUGGAGGUCCUGAACACUUUCUUUGGCGCUCCUUUUUCAGCUUACAGGUUUUAUUCACUAGCCUCUAAGAGGGGAGACGACGACUAUUUUUCUUCAUAUUUGACCGAUGAGGACCAUCUCAAGUCAUUUGGACGAAUUAAAUCCCCAAUUUUGGUUCUCUACAGCGGCAAAGAUCAAUUUGUUCCAGCCUCAGUCGACAAAGCUGCUCUUCUUCAAACUUGGAAAGCAUGCACGAAGGCAGAGAUAUGGAGCCCCCAUAGUGGAAUUGUAAAAGGAGCCAAUCACAAUAUUGGCAGAGGCUCAGACCAAGGAGCUGUCACUGAAGCCGUAUCCAAAGUGGUUGCCUUCCUCGGAAAUAUCUAA